AUGCCAGUGAAAUGCUGUUUCUACAGGUCUCCAACUACGGAAUCACUGGCAUGGUCUGAAAAUAUGGACUCCCUCUUAGCUAACCAAGCUGGUUUGGAUGCUUUCCGAACAUUUCUAAAAUCAGAAUUCAGUGAAGAGAAUGUUGAGUUCUGGCUUGCCUGUGAAGACUUCAAGAAAACUGAAAGUAGAGAAAAGAUUGCUACCAAAGCCAAGAUGAUUUAUUCUGAAUUCAUUGUCGCUGAUGCACCAAAAGAGAUUAACAUUGACUUCAGUACCAGAGAUCUCAUCUCAAGGAAUAUUGCUGAACCAACUCCAAAAUGCUUUGAUGAGGCUCAGAAACUAAUUUAUAGUCUCAUGGCCAAGGAUUCAUUUCCUCGUUUUCUAAAGUCAGAAAUUUAUAAGAAACUUGUAAAUAGCCAACAGGUUGGAAAUCAUAAAAGAUGGCUGCCUUUCCUGUGA